CAUUUCCAAACAUAGUUCAAUUUUGACAACGCUUCGAGACAGUUAACCGCGCGUGAAAUUUAUUAAAUCUUGCUCUUGCCGAUACAUUCUUGAAAUGAUGGGCGGUGAAGGACUUGUAACGCUGUGGCGGUUCGUGUUGACGGCUGUGCCCAGCGCGACAAUUAUUGUUAUGCUCAUUGAUGGCAUAAAUCUCUACCGACCAGACAUUGUUGAUGAACACAAUCGCCUACACGCGUUAAAUAUUUUGAAUUUACGUGAUUCGUACGACUUUGUAAUUAUUGGUGGCGGGUCAGCUGGUUGUGUGCUCGCAUCACGUUUAACGGAGGUGGCCAACUGGAGUGUUUUACUACUGGAAGCCGGCGGUGAUGAGCCCAUGCUCUCGGAACUGCCAAUGUUGUAUCCGAUAUUCCAGCGCAGUCCAUUCGAUUGGGGCUAUCGCACAGAGCCGUCGGAUCGUUACUGCCUCGCCAUGCAAGGACAAAGUUGUUUUUGGCCGCGCGCCAAGGUGUUAGGUGGCUGCAGCACCAUAAAUGCAAUGAUGCAUAUACGUGGUAAUAGACGUGACUACGAUCACUGGGCGGAACUGGGUAAUGUGGGUUGGAAUUAUGACAACAUUUUACAUUACUUUAGAAAACUAGAGGAUAUGCGCGUGCCAGGCUUCGAGAAUGAUCGUUUCUACCACGGUUUCGGUGGACCAGUCACAAUUGAGAAUUAUAGGUUUCCAUCGCCGUUAGUGGACGUCUUCAUCCAAGCAGCCACGGAACGGAACUUGCUCAAUCCAUACAACGACUUCAAUGGGCCCAGUCAAACCGGAUUCGCUGUGCCGCACGGCACGCUACGCAAUGGAUUGCGUUGCAGUGAGAAUAAAGCUUAUAUACGACCCGUUUGGAAGCGUCCGAACCUUGAUGUAUUGCUGCGCGCUUUUGUAAGUCGCAUAGUGGUCGAUGAAGAGACGAAGUUGGCGCAUGGUGUGCACUUUGAGCAUUUAGGCUUCAUGUAUAGUGUAAACGCACGUCGCGAAGUCAUACUCUCAGCAGGCGCCAUAGCUAGCCCACAAUUGUUGAUGACUUCUGGCAUCGGACCGGAGCAACAGCUUACACAAUAUGGCAUACCAAUUAUACAGCACUUGCCUGGUGUGGGCAUUAAUCUGCAAGAUCACAUAGCCACUGCAGGACCACAGUAUCUUGUUAACAACAAUGUAACUGGACAUCGGCUUUCUUUCAUAGUGCCGGAAAUGUUGAAUGCGCGUUCGGUGGACUCGUUUCUACAUCAGGCCGAAGGGUUCUUCUAUGCCAUGCCCAUCAGCGAGGUUAUGGGCUUUAUGAGCACCAAAUAUCAGGACCCCAAACUGGAUUGGCCUGAUAUUCAAAUCUUCAUGGGCGGUUAUGGUUAUGGCGCCGACGGCGGUUUGAUUGGCCGACGCGGUAGCGGCAUAUCUUUUGCUAAUUACGAAAAUGUUUUCGAACACAUGAUCUACAAGGAUGCCUUCACAUUGACGAUCUUAUUAAUGCGCCCCAAGAGUCGCGGACGUCUCGAGUUGCGAUCACGCGAUCCCCGUGUACAUCCACGCAUAUAUGCCAAUUAUUUCGACGAUCCAUUGGAUAUGGCGGUGCUGGUGGAGGGCGUCAAAUUUGCGCAUGGACUAACACAAACCGCCAUCAUGCAGCGCCUCAACGCGACGCUGAACAUUUUCGAGUGGCGCAAUUGCCCCGAGGUGGAGUACUUGAGCGACGCCUUUUGGGAGUGCAUUGCGCGUUUCUACUCACAGACUAUUUACCACCCGGUAGGCACUUGCAAAAUGGGCGUAUACAACGAUCCUUUUGCAGUGGUGGAUCCACGUUUGCGCGUCUAUGGCGUGCGUGGUUUGCGUGUGAUCGAUGCCAGCAUUAUGCCAACCAUACCGACGGGCAACACGAACACGCCGACGAUAAUGCUGGCCGAAAAGGGCGCGGAUAUGAUUAAAGAGGACUGGUUGCGCUAUGGCGGCGGGCAGUGAUGUGUAAUGCAGUUAUGCUUAAUUUAUUUAUAAAAUAUUUAGUUUACUAGAAAUCCGCUACCAUUUGUAUAGGCUUAGUAUUGGUUAAAAAAUAAUAAUCAUAUUGAAAUAUUUUUCAUGUCUUUACAAAUAAACUGAAAAAAUCGAUAUUCAUAUAUAUACGAGUAUAAGUGGCUAUUUAGACGACUUUAUUGACAUACUUUAUUAUUAUUACUUAAUACUUUAUUUAUAAUUGUAAUAUUGCUUACAAACCAUUUCUGUUCAUAUUUAGAACAGUGACCUGCUUUGCUGAAACUGGCAAUUUAAGUAAGUCAAUUUCGCUAUUUUCCAAUAAAAACUAUUAGCAACAAAUUUAUGCGACCUUCAAAUACAGGAAAAAAA